AUGGCCGGCAAAUACAACUGCACACUGUGUGACAAGCACUUCACGGCCAAAAGCAGUCUCAAGAACCAUGUGCAGAGCGUUCACCGCAGAGAAGUCGUCGUCUGUCGUUUCUGCCGAUCGACUGUCAAAGCAGACAUGUCCAACGUUCGCAGGCACGAAGACGGCUGCAAACGCAACAGGGCCGGCAACGGCGGCCGUUUGAAGUGCUUCUGGCACGGUUGCAACUACAACUGCAGCCGUUCCGACAACAUGAAGCGGCACAUGAGAAAGUGCCGUCACAAGCCCACUAACUGGGCUGGCGGGUACCCAAACCCCGUCAGGAACAAUGGCCAGCAAGUUGCUCCAACACAGGGGCAAGAAGCACCCGCCCUGGCUCAAGGGACUGCUGUCACGCCCCAAACGGGCGUGAAUGCCUUCCAGCAGGGCAUCGACUUGGCACCAGGCGACCCUACCAAUCCGGUGUGGUUCGCAGCCAAUUAUCCGCAGUUCGACGGUUAUUGGCAACCGGCUGCAGCGUAUCAAUCGCCUGCGGCCGCCAUGCCCGCCAACGUCGACUACCAGGUUGUUGAACCUGAGUGGAACGCCUCUGAAAAUACCCCGUUGACAGAUUACGGGUUGGUUUGCAAAACUUGGCCAGGGCGGCUUCAAACACAUCAACCACUGGCGGCAGAUCAGAAUAGCGUGCAGAAAUGGUGGUAUUGGAGGCAAUCUUUCAAACCGGCUGUUGGUCACCACAGCCCUCCAACAUUCAACAUCAACCUCGUCGACAUCAACCUCGUCGACAUCAAACUCCUCGAUAUCAACCUCCUCGAUGUCAACCUCCUCGAUAUCGACCUCCUCGAUAUCAACCUCCUCAACAUCAACCUCCAAUCCUCAUCUUCUUGA